UCUACUUGUCAUUAGACUGGGCUAAAGAAGACACAUGGAAUUACUCAACCAUGGACAGCUAAAUAGCACGAGAAUAACAGAAUUCAUUCUUCUUGGUUUCCCAGGCUCACCACGUUUUCAGCUCUUCAUCUUCAUCCUCUUUUUUAUCAUGUACAUUCUGACAAUCUUAGGAAAUCUCUCCAUCAUGCUUCUCAUAAUAGCAUAUCGACACCUCCAUACACCUAUGUAUUUUUUCCUUUGCAACCUUUCUUUCCUGGAAAUAUGGUACACAACAGCCUCUAUCCCCAAGAUCCUUGGGAUCUUUUUUGGAAGAAGCAGAGGUAUCUCCUUCUCUUGCUGUGUUGUACAGAUGUAUUUUAUUUUUUCUUUUGGAUGCACUGAACAUUUUCUGAUAGCUACAAUGGCUUAUGACAGAUAUUUGGCCAUAUGUUAUCCUUUGCAUUACAGUACUAUCAUGAAUAGCAAUCUAUCUUGUAAGUUGGCCUGUGGAUGUUGGCUUGGGGGCUUUCUUGUUAUUUGCAUACCUGCCUAUUUGGUUACAACAUUGUCCUUUUGUGGGCCCAAUGUGAUCAAUAAUUUCUAUUGUAACCUUGAUUCCUGGAUCAUACUCUCAUGUACAGACACUUGGUUUAUUGAGAUAACAGCUUUUUUCAUAGCUAUUUUUGUCAUUGUAGGCUCCUGUAUGAUGACUCUUCUUUCCUAUAUGUACAUUAUCUCCACAAUACUGCGCAUUCCUUCCACCAAAGGUCGACAUAAAGCUUUUUCCACAUGUUCUUCACACCUUGCCGUAGUUAUCAUUUGGUAUGGCUCCACCAUAUUCCUCUUUGUCAAACCUUCUAAGCAGACCUCUUUAGAAAAGACCAAGGUAGUAAGCAUCUUCAACCUUAUUGUGGUCCCAUUGCUGAAUCCUUUCAUCUAUACAUUAAGAAAUAGAGAAGUCAGAGAUAUUUUGAGGAAUGUAUUUCACAGUGAUGGGCAAAAUGCAUGUUAAUCCUCAAAGACUCAAAAAAAUAAACAAACCAGAAAUAUUAUAUCAUAAAUUUUAAAUUUGAACUCUUGCAGUUGGUGGGAUUAUCAGAAUGAAUCAACAUUACUUAUAUUAUCUUUCUGGAAGAGUACAUGUUAACAUUUUUUUUUUCUUUUCAGUUUCUGACAUUAAAAUAUAUUUUGAGUCACUUAUGAAAACCAAGUGGAAAUAAAAGGAAUGGAAUUAUUCUUUUGAG